GCAGAGCCUCUCCUCCAGGCGAAGAGGAUGCUGGAUGCGGGCCAGCAGCGGCAACAGCAGCAGCAGCGGCAGCAGCAGCAGCAGCAGCAGCACCGGCCGGGGAUGCUGCUGGUGAACUUGGCUCUUGUAAUUAACCACCAUGGCCCGGGCGUCCUCUCCCACAGCUGCUCCAACAACCUCCGCGUAAAAAUGGCCCGCACUCCGCCUCCAUCGUCGACAUCGGUCCGCCUUUUCGCCCGUGAUGACAGGAGGGCGCUCCUGAUUGCAACACUCGCAGGCCCUUCAUGUCCUGGCUCUGGAUCACAUUAUCACCUCUGAUUUGAUCAUUUGAGCUGCGGCGGUUGCUUGUAUUUGGCAAACAGGCUACACUUCCUCCUGCCGGCAUCGAUUUCCCUUUUACAACAGAUAUUUUUGGAGCAGCUGGAGAUGGGCCGCGUCCACUGCUGCACCUCGCUUUCCAACGCUGGGAUUUGAGUUGCAUGCUUUCCUGACCUUACUUGUGAUAAAGUCUCUGUGACAUCUCGCCUAAGCUUCAGGUGGUCCGGUGUCUUUUAGACAUUUCUCUUGUCUUUUUUACGCGCAGAGUUGUGUCCGUGCACUUGCGCCCUGCAGGGGAGGGGAGGGGGAAUGAGCAGCCUCCAUACCUCCACCAGCUGCCCGCUUCCUGCUCCUGCUGUCCACCGUGUGGCCCUGUGACUUCACAAGGGUGUGGAGGUGCUGACAACCUUAAAACGUGGAGGGCGGGGGACGUUUGCCUUUCCAGCUCAGGUUUAAACCAUGGCCAAUGAACCUGUCAUCCUUAACGUGUAUGAUAUGUACUGGAUAAACGAAUACACUUCCAAUCUGGGUAUUGGAGUCUUCCACUCAGGCAUUGAGAUCUAUGGCAGAGAAUUUGCAUACGGGGGGCAUCCAUACCCUUUCAGUGGCAUCUUUGAAAUCAACCCUGGAAAUGCCGCUGAACUGGGAGAGACAUUCAAAUUCAAGGAGGCCAUUGUUUUGGGCACCACAGAUUUCACAGAGGAGGACAUAGAUAAAAUCAUGGAAGAGCUCGGUAAAGAGUUCAAAGGCAACGCCUACCACCUCAUGCACAAAAAUUGCAACCAUUUCUCCUCCUCGUUGUCUGAGUUGCUGUGUGGACGGGAAAUCCCUCGCUGGGUCAACAGACUUGCCUACUUCAGCUCCUGCAUCCCCUUCCUGCAGAGCUGCUUACCUAAGGAGUGGUUAACUCCGGCCGCCCUGCAGAGCCACAUCAGCCUCGGCCUUCAUAAAGAGGAGCAGAACGAGUCGAGCGACGACGACCCGUCGUCCCCGUCCGGCGCUGGUGCCACCGGCUCGGGUUCCUCCCGCAGCUGUCGCCACACGAGGGUGUGAACUGCCUCGCAUACUCUGACCUCCGGACCUUCCUGCCACCGCUGCUCGUGGCUGAAGUGGCAUUAGUUGGCUUGAACAACCACCUGACCUCAUACUGUUUGUCCUCUGAGUAAAGAGGCAGGAAAAGAAGAGUCGCCUCUUCACGAAGAGAGCUGCUGCCAGAGACUUCAGACCUACAGAGGCCCUGCCUGUCCUUUCUACACAAGACAGGAAGUCAGAGGCGAACUUUGACCUGAGCACUGAAGCAUGGCUCAGACUCAACAACAACAACCACUUGUAGAUCUGAAAUUUGUAGUACGUUAUUAUUAGUCUUUUCCAUGAACCUUUAAACCUCUGUCAGCCUUGUUCCCUGCCUUCAGAGCUGCUUUUGUAGUAUAGACACCUGAGACUACUGAUAGUGACAUUACCAGGAAAUUGCUAAUCUGCUCAACAAGUUCUCGUUCAAUAACCUCUAUGUGGCCUUCAGUUGAUAUUGUUGACUCCGCUUCCUUUUUGUGGAACUUUAAUAGUUUACUUUGGCCAUUUUAGAGGGUUUUGGGGUUAAAGAGGAUUCGUCUGAUCCUUGAGUCCAUGUAUUGCAUGUUGAAAGAAUUUGACAAAAUAACAAACAUCCAACUAAACUUAGACACCACACUUCUGAUCAUACCAUCAAGUAUUUCUUCUCUCUUUCCUUUUGUAUAAACAAAUUAUCUAAACCGAGACUUCUUUUAAACAGUAAACCCGCUGAGACUUCUUUUAAACCUGGCCAGUGUAACCCGGUCAUAGACAACUGUAAACAAUCAAGGGCAAAUACUGUUCAGUUUAAAUAGUCGCUGUUCAUACAGCCUUGGGCAGCCCAGUCACUAUUUGUGAACAUCUCAGAGACACAAUGAAAAUCGAGCUGCUACACUGACAAUUAUUGACUUUGUGACCCAGUACAAUUUUUGUCUACGCUUUUAUAUCCAAAUGAUCUUUAUAUUAUAUUGGUGCAAUAACUUCCAGGCUUGGAAAUGAACAUUUAUGCCCAGAGAUUGUUCUUGGGUGACACUGGUCUAAUAAUUUUUUUUCACCAUUAAACCGGUCAAGACUGAGCUGCCAAGAGACAGAAAAGCAGAAAUUCAGUAUUCUCCUUUAAAUUACAGUCGUCCUUAAAGGAACAGUCCAAUAUUUUGAGACUUAUUCACUUUCUUGCAAAGAUUUUGGUCGAUAAGAAGAUUGAUACAUACUUGCAACUGUAUCAACUGUAUCAAUAUCAAGCUACAGUGAGCAGCCGGUUAGCUUAGCAUAAAGACUUUAAACAGAUGGAAACAGCUAGCCUAAAAUCCACCUAAAGCUCACUAAUCAACAUGUUAUAUCUUGUUUGUUGCAAAAACAUCAAAAAGUGAAGUGUGGUUGGAUUGGUGUUUAUAGUAAAUAACUUUACGGUUCUAAAAGUUAAGGUUGAAGUAUAAUUUGAACAGAGGAUGAUGUUUUUGUAGCUAACAGUAGCUAGCGAAAACAGCGAGCAUGGCUCUGUCCAAAGAUUACAAAAUCCACCUAGCAGCACCUGUAAAGCUCACUAAUUAACAUGUUAUUUCUCUUUGUUUGAUCCAUACAAAAACAAGUGUAAAAACAUAAAGUUGCUGUUUUAAUCAGGCUAGCCGUUUCAUUGCACUAAGCUAACUAGCUUCUGGCUGUAGCUUCAUAUUUAUCCUAUAAACAUGUGAGUGAUAUCAAUCUCCUCAUCUCACUCUCAGCAUGAAAGUGUAAAAAAGGUUGAACUAUUCCUUUAAGACCAUAUUUCUAUGUUUGUUUUAUUUCAGCUGUGAACUGAACUUUAAUAUAUUUACAGAUACAAAGUGUUUUAAGGAUAGGGAACAACCCUUUUUUAAAAUAUGUAUUUCUGAGGUUGCAUUUGUUGCAGUGAGAAAAUCAUAGUCUCAUGACGAGAUAAUAUGAUGUCAUAAAUUAUUUAUAAUUAUUGUGGAUUUAGCAUUUUUGCUGGUAAAAAUCAUUAAUGACUAUUUCUCCCUCUGAUACUGAUGGUGGUGGUUAUUAUGAUGAUGAUGAUGACAAACAUUGGCUCCUUGUAGUUUUACUCAUGUUGCUUGCUUUUUUUUUUUCAAUGCAAAAGCUCAGUGAACCAGGCCACAUGUGAUUUAAAUAUUUUUCCAUCCCUCCUGCUGUAGUGUGUUCAUGGACAGCUACCCUUUCUCAGGAAGGUUAUCAUGACUCGUAAUAGUGACAGUAAUCCUCAUUCCUGCUGAACACCUUGAUAAAGUGCUUCAUAUUCUUAAAUAAGCUAUAUCCUUAUUUAUUUUUGAUGUAGUCUUACAUUUCACCAAGUGUAUUGUGUUCAGAUUUUUGCUAUAUUUUGAGUUGACAGGGGCUGUACAGUGAUCAGUAUUCCAUUGCCCAAAAGUCUUUGGCACUUUCUACAGAGCAGACCAGACAGGUAUUUUUUUCUAUUGUACUGUGUCAACCUAAACCUUGUAUUUCCUUUUCCUAACCCAAGGCAAUUUCAAGAAUGAUGGUAUAGUACUAGAAUAAAG